AUGGCCGGAGCAGCCGUGGGGAAAGGCACGGGGCCAGAGCCCGACAGCUCCGAGGAAGAGCUGGAAGCAGGGAACGCGCCCCAGGCGUGCUACAGGCGGGGUUUGUGGGUCUCCCAAGGCAGAGAAGCAGUGGCCAGCCCGGGGGACGCGGAAGGGAUGAAGGUGAGGAAGAGGAGCAGGCCAGCGCGCUCCAAGGCCAGGAGGAUGGCUGCCAACGUCAGAGAGCGUAAGAGGAUUCUGGACUACAACCAAGCCUUCAACGCCCUCCGCCUGGCCCUCAGGCACGACCUCGGCGGCAAAAGGCUUUCCAAAAUCGCAACCCUCCGGCGAGCCAUCAACAGGAUCACGGCUCUGUCGCUGUCCCUGCGCGGCGCCGGGUGCUGCUGGCCCUGCGCCCACUCCGAGUGCCGCGCCCGGGCCGGGGUCCCCGCGCAGGAAUCGGGGCCGAAGGGCAGCCGGCCCCAGCUGCCCUGGGAGCCCGGUUCUGCAGGGACACGGUGCCCUCCGUCCCCUCUCUGCGCCCCUCAUCACUACGAGGGCCCGAAGGAGAAGCGGCCCGGCACCGCCGGUCCCUCCGGCGGGAUCCCCGCGCUCCGCGGCGCCGGUCCGCAGCGAUUCCCGGCCAGCCCGCAGGAUCCCCUGGCCGGGCCGCUCCCCUGGCAGCUGGGCUGCUGCCAGGGCUGGGCACAGCAGCACUGCCUCCCCAUCCACUGA